AUGGGCAUAGCUGGCCUCUGGAACAUUCUGAGUCAGAUGUCAAAGGGCUUAAACCGCGCCGACUAUCUCAACAAGAAGACGGUCUCGGUAGAUAUUUCUGGCUUGUUGUACUCUUACUACUAUACCAGCUCAGAUGAAGAGCGUAAGAACUACCAUGUCCGCGCAACCUUUCUAAUUAUCACACGCAUACUGUCACUGGGCUUGAUGCCUGUCUUUGUGUUUGAUUCUGGGGCCCCGCACUGGUUGAAGACCGAGGAACUGGAGAGGCGUCGAAGCGCCGAAGCCAGUUUGAUCAGAAGCACUAAAGGUGAAGCAGACGCGAUUGAUGCUGACGAAUAUCGACGACUUGAGACGGAAGCGCUUGACGACAUUAUGGCACACUUUUCAGCAUCCCAUGAGCAAAAUACCCUUCAAGAGAUGACUUCGAAAACUGUAUCGGAUUCGUUUGUUCCUGAGCAUUGGUCAGAUAGUAGUAGGGGGGCAGUCACUUCCUUCAUGAGGUGCACUGCAUGCCCUGAGAUUACCCCUAUAAAUUUUGACCAACCGGAGCCCUCUUCUACCGCCUCACACUUCGCUGGUAUAAAUGCUGCCUCUGAAGAAAAAGAGAAAGAGGAUUCAUAUGUUUCUGACUCACUAGAGUUUAGGGCUGACUAUAACUAUGAAGGAACAAAGCACUUGCUAUCACAUAAGCUCCGCUUUAACUCUGACGCCGUCUCUGCACAGUUGGAAGAGUACGCAAGUUGGCAACUGCAAAGACGUCUUGCAGUGUCUCAGAUGAAUGAACAGGUCUUUACAGCUAUUAGACAGCAAAGGGAUGCAGCGCGCUUAGCUUUACUUACAGCCAUGUCUCCACAUAGAUCAGUUAAGCAGACACCAACCAGCAAGGCAGACGUGUCGCCAAUGCAGCGUAGUAUAUUCAGUGCAUCAAGAGACGCUGAAGAGUACUUCUCUACCCUACCCUAUUCCAUCUCUGACAGAGAUCCUUCGACAACUGAAGCUUCACACCCGGCCCCUUCUUUUGUAGCACCAUCGUCACCUCCUGGGCCUGGCUGGAGAGAAGAGCUUAGUGGUUCACCUGCAGCUCAAGAGAUGGAUGCCAGCGCUACGUGGAAUCGUUCCACGAACAAUCAAUCUUACAUGAAGAAACUUAUGAAUUCUAGUACUGCUGUGGGGACAACAUUUUCCUCGUUUGUCAACCAAUCUACUGAAUUUCCCGAGGUGGGCGUAUUCAAGGUAGGCGUAUAUAAAAUGCACAAGAGGCUUGCGGGCAAUACUGACUCCUCUUCUGUAUACAAGCCUUUAACCGAAAGGGUGAUAGCAGAGGUCUUACAAAUAGCUAACUUGUUCAAGGUUCCAUGCAUCAAGUGCAAGCCUGGCUAUGAGGCUGAACAUGUAUGUGCCCUUUUAAACUCUCAUGGUUAUGUGGCAGCUGUGUUGACAGAAGACUCGGAUGUCAUAGCCUACCGCCCUGUUCUGGUGCUGCGCCUCUUUGGAAGACUGUCCAGCAUCCAUGACGUCUCUGGCUUCCAAUCCAUACGUCAGCGAGAUAUCUCUUUGUAUUUUUCAAGCGAUGAUAUUAUCUUCCUUGCACUAAUUAUGGGAUGCGACUUUUGUGAUGGUAUUCCUUCAUUUGGAUAUGUUCACACUUUGGAGCUACUGCUGUAUUUGAAGUACUUUGCUCCGUUGGAUGAUCCAGCUCAUGAGUUUCACACAGUCUCGAUCCACAAGUUGAUAGACAGAUUUCGUCUGUACCUCUCAUUUAAUGGCUUGGUUGUCCACCCUGGCACUGCAGCAUCACAAGUUAAGAAUCACGAGGAGUUUAUAUUGCAUGCGCACGAGAUUGCUGUUAAGCAGAACUGGGAUAAGAUUGUCGCAUACAACGGCCAGGCAUGCUUUCCCACCUAUUUUCCAACUGAUCACCAAGCACACACCUUUCUGCGUGAGCUUGUGCAGCUGAGGCCUGUGCUGAAUCGCAGGCUGUGGUUUAGAAGGGAGCUUCUUUUGAGGAAGUUACAACAGAGGGCCUCCCCAGGUUCGAGCAGCAAUGGCUUACUGAAAUCUAUGUUCGCAAAGCUUACAUCCAGAUGGGACGCCGUGAUAAAGUUGUUUAGUCAACAUGUCCCUGUUGAAGAGGCAUGUGUGCCAAUCUCUAUGGGAGGAAGAACCGUUGAGAGUCUCAUACAAAGGGUGAACGUAUUUAGCCAGCAGCAUAUUGCAGAACAAUUGGACAUGCUAACCGAGGGAUCAGAUGGGUACCGGCCCCGAAUUGGGGAGGAGCUACAAAGGCUGCUUAGACUUCCGGCGCUUUCUAUCCAGGCAUGUCUGCAGAGGACUCGCACGUCCUUUGUGAAGAACCGCGAAGAUAUCAAUCGAGUUCAGAUUACAGAACUUCUCAGCACUGCAAUACGGCGUGGGAACAUCUUCAGCUUCCAGUCUCUAGGCAAACGGGCCUUUCAAGCCCUACGUGCCUUAUUUGUACUCAAGACGAUUUAUAGUUAA